UGAUUUUGAAUAUUGGGCCACCAAAAAUCUUGAGAAAUCCCCUGCCCACUUCAUUUCCUCUCUAAUUGCUGUUUCUUUAAGCAAUAUAGUCAGCUCACAAGUCACCUAAACUUUCACCUUUCUCUUUCUCUAUUCUCUGUUUCACCAUCUCAAAGAUCCAAUUUUUGCUUAUUCACAGUGAGUUUCUUGUUUUCUUGAGGUAAAGGGUUUUUGCUCUCUUUCUGCGUCUUCCAUCUUGUUCUGCUUCGACUUCAUUGCAUUACCUCUCUCCCUAUCUGCAAUUUCACUCGAUUCUCUUUCGUCUCAAUCAAAUUCGAGAUCCCAUUUUCUUGUCUCUGGAGACGAGGACCAUUCUCAGAUCACAGGUGAUUGCUUUCCUUUUCUUGAAAAGAUUUCAGUUCGAUUCAGUUCUACUCUUUAAGCUUCAAGAUCCAUCUUUUUAGCUUAAUUCUGUAGAGUAGGUGACUUAAGAUUCAUUUUUAUGAACGCAAUUUGAGCGUGUUGGAGGGUUCAGGGCUCUGCUCAAAUGAAAGAAUCGAAUCCAACAGAUCCCAUUGGCCAAAACAUAAUCAAGCUGAUAAGCAAUGUGUGUUUCUCAGUGUUUGUUUUCUCUGUGCUCAUAUUUACUGUAAUUGCCAUCACCUACCAACCCCCUGACCCAUGGGAGACUUCCAGAGCCCUCACUAACGUUUUCACUCAAGUCGAAAAUGCCACAUUUAAAACCGAUAGUUCUGUGCUCAAAACUGGAGAGGAUGUUGCUACCGCUCCAGUGGCAAUGCCUGAGGGGUCACUAUCAACUAUUACGGAAUCGACAAUUCAGAAAUCUGAAGAGGAACUUAAGACAAAUGUGACCUUGAAGUCGGGUUGUGAGGAUGUUUCUGUCGUGAAUUGUUCUGACCCUAGAGUUUUAAUCGCGAUUCAGAGGUUCAAUUUGAGGACAUACAGGGCAAUUGCGUUUUUGGAUUACCAAAUUCCGGUCAAUGGGUCUAAGCCAGAUGAGUGUGAUGUGGCAUGGAGGUUCAGGAACAAGAAAGAGAAGUCCUGGAGGAAGUAUAGGGAUUUUCGGAGAUUCAGGUUGGGUUUUAAGGAUGAUUGUAGUUACAAGGUGAUUCAUCCUGGGCGCUGGCAUUCUGGUAUAAAUGCUCGUCGUCCAAGAAUUCAAGUCAAUCCGUCUGGGAAUUGGCAGAAGGGUAAAAUUGCUCCCCCUGUUCGGGACGAUGAGAUCAAUGACUCGAUACCAGUGUUGGGAUCAGAUUCAGCUUUUAUAAAGGGGAGGUAUUUGUACUAUUCAAGGGGAGGGGAUUACUGCAAAGGAAUGAAUCACUAUAUCUGGAGCUUCUUGUGUGCUCUUGGUGAGGCCCAGUAUUUGAAUAGAACAUUUGUGAUGGAUUUGAGUAUUUGUUUGGCUUCUGCUUACACACAAAGCAACAAGGAUGAAGAGGGGAAAGAUUUUAGGUUCUAUUUUGAUUUUGAACAUUUGAAAGAGGUGUCUCCAAUCGUGGAGGAAGGUGACUUUCUGAAAGAUUGGAAAAGAUGGGACAAGAAUCAUAAGACGAAGAUUCCAGUUAGGAAGGUUCCAAGCUAUAAGGUGACACCAAUGCAACUGAGGAAAGAUAAAAGCUCGAUUAUAUGGAGGCAGUUUGAUGCUCCUGAGCCAGAAAAUUAUUGGUAUAGGGUAUGUGAAGGUCCAGCUGCUAAGUACAUUGAGAGGCCGUGGCAAGCUCUUUGGAAAUCAAAGAGAUUAAUGAAUAUAGUUUCUGCGAUUAGUGGGAGCAUGGACUGGGAUUUUGAUGCAGUUCACGUGGUACGAGGAGAGAAGGCAAGGAAUAAGGAGCUGUGGCCUCAUUUGGAUGCUGAUACUUCACCAGAUGCCCUAGUUGCCAAGCUUCAGGGGACAAUUGCACCUUGGAGAAAUUUGUAUAUUGGCACCAAUGAACCCUUUUACAACUUUUUCGAUAAGCUGAGAUCUCAUUACAAAGUUCAUUUGCUUGAUGACUACAGCUAUUUGUGGGGAAAUACGAGUGAAUGGUACAAUGAGACAACUCUUUUGAAUGGUGGCCGCUCAGUCGAGUUUGAUGGUUAUAUGAGAGUUGAGGUGGACACCGAGGUUCUUUACAGAGCUAAGACAAGGGUAGAAACGUUCUAUAACUUGACCAAAGAUUGCAAGGAUGGGAUCAAUACAUGCUAAACAGGUUAAAGUGCUUAUAGAACCUUUUGUAUCAACUUCAUAAAUGUUCUUGUCAUUUAUCUGUAGUGUAUACUUUCUUGGUCGAGCCCUUCUUCUGCUUCUAAUGGAAAAGAUAAAUGUUGCUUCCA